AGGAACCCGCGCGCCCCGGGUGCUCGCAGGCGCGCGCGCUGCCUGCCUGCCUGCCGUCCGCGAAGGCGCUGCUGCUGAGGAUGAGGCGCAGAGAGUGAAACAGCAGAUAGUCAUCAUCCUCCUUCGCCGGCUCUUAAGACCAGCACCAUGUGGCUCGUCAUGGCCGUGUUGUCGGUGCUGCCGUUCGCCUUUUUCGACUUGUGGUAUUUCAUGCGCGGGGCGGUGGUUUUACUGGUCGCUUCUUUCGACACCCCGGUCAAGGAUAUUCUGAGGGAACAAACAGUCCGGGGCAUCGUGCUUUUCCAAGACAUCGACUUCCUGGGCCACAUGAAUAAUGCAAGAUAUUUGCGGGAGUGUGAUUUUGCCAGGUUGUCCCUUUAUAUCCGCAAUGGUCUAUUACAUGCAACAAGGAAGUUAAAAGCUAAUAUGGUGGUCGGUGCUGCAACCAUACGGUAUAGACGAUCUCUGCAUUUGUUUGAGCAAUUCAGGAUUAGGUCUAGAAUCCUUUGCUGGGAUGAAAAAGCUUUUUAUGUCGAGCAGGAGUUCAUCUCCUGCAGGGACAGCUUUGUGUGUGCCACCAUGCUGUGUCGACAGAAUGUAUUGUACAGCACCCCAGAUAAGUUACUGCAGCUCCUAUGUAAGAGGAAGGUAGAAUGCCCAGAUUUUCCUGAAGAGGUGCAGUUGUGGACCAAGUACAACCUGGCCAGCAGUGCAAGGCUGAGAGCAUAACGAUCUCAUCAGCGAGACCAAACAGCCCUAGGCGAGGAACCAAGGAUGGUGGAGAUUUCUAGUGAUAAAAGCAGUGGUGUAUCACUUUAAUGUUGAUAUUCUGCUCUAGGAUUUGUUUUUAUUUUAAGCUCCUGACCAAAUAAUUUGUUUUAUGUUUCAAGGGAAAGCUUAGAUUCAUAUUUGUGAAUUUUAUUAUAAAUCAGUGACACUGGAUGGCACAUUCCUUAGAAAUUGUAUUUAUGCAGUUUUUGUUUUUGUGAGCUCUUUAUUGUUAAAUGUACUUCAUUGACUUGAAAUUACAUUCAUAUUUGCUUGGUGGAAAUCAUCAUCAAUGCAUUAUUAAAAUAACUCUAUCCAUCUCA